AUGAAAGGAGGUGCAGCGAUCUUCAAUCAUGUGCGGGAAAUGCUAAGAAAGAUCCACAAGUCAUCCAUCCAUUAUGAUCUUAACCAUGCCGUUGAUGAUCUUGAAGACGGCGAGUGUAUGCUGCCAGAUGACGUGAAGGAAGGGCAUUUUCCCGUGCGUGCAGUUGAAGCUGGUGAGUCAAGAAGGUUUAUUGUAGAAGUAAGUUGUUUAGCUGAUCCUGGAUUUCUGGAGCUCUUACAGAAAGCUGAGGAAGAGUUCGGUUUUGAACAAAUGGGGAUUCUGGUCAUCCCAUGCACGUAUACUGACCUUCAGUCUGUAAUUGGAAGCAAAGGAAAACAGUAA